GGAUCAAGUGAGUGACGCAGAACAGAGGAGAGAAGCGCGCGCUGGUCAUCGGAGAUAAACGAAAGUUGAUCAGCCAUGGUGAAGGGAGACGUUAAUAAACCCAAAGGAAAGACGUCUGCGUACGCUUACUUCGUCCAGACCUAUCGUGAUGAACACAAGCGCAAGAGUCCAGACGUGCCGGUCAACUUCUCCGAGUUCUCCAAGAAAUGCUCUGAGAGAUGGAAGACCCUGAACGCUUCAGAGAAGAGCAAGUUUGAAGACAAGGCGAAAAUAGAUAAAGUACGUUACGACAAGGAGAUGAAGACUUACGUGCCACCCAAAGGUGUCGGAAAGACGGGCAGAAAGAAGAAAGACCCCAACGCCCCGAAACGCCCUCCAUCUGCGUUCUUCGUCUUUUGCUCUGAGUUCCGGCCGACGGUGAGGAGCGAGAACCCCAAUCUGACCAUCGGAGAGAUCGCGAAGAAGCUGGGCGAGUUGUGGUCUAGGCAGAGCAGCAAAGACCGCGUGCCGCACGAACAGAAGGCCAUGAAGCUGCGCGAGAAAUACGAGAAGGACGUCGCGGCAUACCGCGCAGGGGGUGCAGCUGCGGCUAAGAGGGCGCCGGGUCGACCCACAGGCUCUGCUAAAAAAGCCCAGGUAGGUGAUGAUGAUGACGAGGAGGAGGACGACGACGAAGAGGUGGACGACGAGGAUGAGGAUGAUGACGAGGACGACGAGUAGUGUGUUUGCGUUUAACGCAUCACUGCUGUUGGGGGGGUGGUUUCGUUUUUUGUAUUAUUCUUCUUUCUUUUAUUACAUGUUUUUACUCCGAAUGUCUCCAGCAAUAAUACAAAUGUAAAAGGUUUUGUUAGAUUGCUUUUUUAUUUUUGUACACGUCCAGCAGUUUAAUUCAACAAUGUGUAGAUUUUUUUUUUUAUUAUAAUAAAAUUAA